UGUUGUUGAGUUCAAGAUGGAAGAGAGCAUGAAAAAGGCUGCAGAGGUUUUGAACAAGCAUAGCCUUGGUGGAAGACCUUUGAAAGUGAAAGAAGACCCUGAUGGUGAGCACGCCCGCAGAGCCAUGCAGAAGGUGAUGGCAGCUGCUGGUGGGAUGGGCAUUGGGCCAGGCCCCGGCGGCCCCGGCAUGAUCAAUAUCCCACCCAGUAUCCUGAACAACCCCAACAUUCCCAACGAGAUCAUUCAUGCCCUACAGGCAGGCAGGCUCGGGAGCACUGUCUUUGUUGCAAAUCUGGAUUACAAGGUUGGCUGGAAGAAGCUGAAGGAGGUGUUCAGCAUGGCAGGUGUGGUGGUUCGGGCAGACAUCCUGGAGGACAAGGACGGCAAAAGCCGCGGCAUCGGCACCGUCACCUUUGAGCAAGCCAUCGAGGCUGUUCAGGCCAUCUCUAUGUUCAAUGGGCAGCUGCUGUUUGACAGACCCAUGCAUGUGAAAAUGGAUGAAAGAGCCUUUCCCAAAGGAGAUUUCUUCCCUCCUGAGAGACCCCAACAGCUCCCUCAUGGUCUUGGUGGUAUUGGAAUGGGAUUAGGACCUGGAGGUCAACCUAUUGAUGCAAAUCAUUUAAACAAAGGCAUGGGAAUGGGCAACAUGGGACCUGGAGGAAUGGGAAUGGAAGGCAUGGGCUUUGGAAUGAAUAAGAUGGGAGGAAUGGAAGGUCCUUUUGGUGGCAUGGAGAACAUUGGUCGCUUCCCAGCUGGGAUGAACAUGGGUCGAAUGAGUGAGAUGGAUCAUGCCAUGGGUGGAGGUUCUGAGAGAGAAUUUGGAAGAAAUGAGAUGGGAAUGACCUUGGAGAGAGGAAUAAGUGGCGGAAAUGCCAGCAUCCCCGGGAUCGAGAGGAUGGCACCCGGCAUUGACCGGAUGGGUGCGGGGAUAGAAAGGAUACCCUCGGGAAUGGGGCACGGGAUGGAAAGAGUAGGGUCAGAAAUAGACAGGAUGGGGCUGGUGCUGGACAGGAUGAGCUCCAACGUGGAGCGGAUGGGGUCGGGCAUCGAGCGCAUGGCCCCGCUGGGCAUCGAUCACAUCGCCCCCAACAUCGAGAGGAUGGGGCCGGCCAUCGAGAGGAUGGGCACUGGCAUAGAGAGGAUGGGCACUGGCAUAGGCUUUGGGAUCGAGAGGAUGGGAGCCGCCAUCGACCGUGUGGGCACCACCAUGGACAGAAUGGGAGCGGGCGUGGAGCGGAUGGGCUCCGGCAUGGAGAGGAUGGGAAUUGGCAUGGAGAGAAUGGUCCCUGCCGGGAUGGGCACGGGGAUGGGGCAGGUGAUAGAGAGGAUGCCAGCUGGCUUGGAUCGUAUAGGUGCCACCCCUAUGGAGAGGAUAGGGAUAGAAAGAAUGGGCGCUGCUGGCAUGGAGAGGAUGGGCCUGGAGCGCAUCGGAGCCACCAACAUGGAGCGCAUGGGCCCGGCCAUGGGGCAGGGCAUGGGAGCUGGCAUCGAGCGGAUGGGACUGGCCAUGGGCAGCAACUUCGAGAGAACCAUGGACAUGGAGAGAGGCAACUUUGCAGGCAACUUUGCAGGCUCCCUUGGAGGAACUGGAGGACCUGCAGCCGGGGUGGCCAGGAAAGCCUGUCAGAUAUUUGUGAGAAAUCUGCCUUUUGAUUUCACAUGGAAGAUGCUGAAAGAUAAAUUUAAUGAGUGUGGCCACGUGCUGUACGCAGACAUCAAGAUGGAGAAUGGGAAGUCCAAGGGCUGCGGGGUGGUGAGGUUCGAGUCCCCGGAGGUGGCGGAGCGAGCCUGCCGCAUGAUGAACGGCAUCCAGCUGCGGGGCAGGGAGAUCGACGUCCGGAUCGACAGGAACGCCUAAAGUCAGCUGCCUUUUAAUCACAGAUCCCAGCUUCCUGACUCUCU